AUGGAGGCCGCCAGCCGGGGGUCUGGAGGCAGCGGGGCUGCUCUCACAGGCUGGCGGAGCCUCCCCAAACGCCAGGGCUUCGGCUCCGGGCAGCUGGCGGAUCAGCGCUACCCCCGCUGCCACCAAGCUCGCUCCUUUCUCUGCGAGCUCUCCGGCGGGGUCACCUGGCGGAAGCUGGCAGAGCGUACGGAGGCGAGCGUGCAGGUGUCCGAGUUCAACGUCAGCUGCAAAGGUGCUGGGGAGAAGCUGGUCCUGUCUGAGCUCCUGCAGCCCAUCCGCCCCAAAUCCGCCCUGAGCAGCGUGAAGAAAGAGCUGACCAGAGCGAAGCAGAAGAAGGCCGUGGAGCUGCCGCUCAGCAAAGAGGAGGCAAAGCGGGUCGUGAGGGAAGCUGCCUACGUCAGGACCUCUAAAGACGUGGGCAAAUGGCAGCAGGUGGUUUUGCAGAACCGACGGGCGGAGCAGCUGGUUUUCCCUCUGAAGCAGGAGAUUGCGACAGUCGUCCCGCUGGAGCAAAUGGCUUCGGCGUGGAAGGCCCGAACUCCUCUAGAGCAGGAGAUCUUUGGACUGCUCCACAAGACGCAGCAGCCCAUCACAGACCCGCUCCUGACGCCGGAGGAGGCGGCCUCGCUGCAGGCCAUGAGCUUGGAGGAGGCCCGGCAGCGGCGGGCAGAGCUACAGAAGGCUCGGGCCGUGCAGUCCUACUACGAAGCCAAGGCUCGGCGAGAGAAGAAGAUCAAGAGCAAGAAGUACCAUCGCGUGCUGAAAAAAAGCAAGAGACGCAAGGCCUUAAAGGAGUUUGAGCUGCUGCACAAGUCGGACCCUGAGGCCGCCUUGGCAAAGCUGGAGGAGCUGGAGCAGCUCAGGAUGCAGGAGCGGAUGAGUCUCAAGCACCAGAACAAGGGAAAAUGGGCCCGCUCCAGGGCCAUUAUGGCUAAGUAUGACCUGGAGGCCCGCAAGGCCAUGCAGGAGCAGCUGGCCAGGAACAAGGAGUUGACGCAGAAGGUGCGGGUGGAGCUGCCUGAGGAGGAGCCGGGCGACGCGCCUGAGGAGGACCUCGCGUCGGUGACCCUCCCCACCAUCCCUGCGGGUGCCAGCGGAGCUAAUCCCUGGAUGCUGGGCAAGCCCAGCGGCCCAGCCGAGGAGCCUGAGGUGCAGGAGAGUCUUGGAGACAUUGCAGUGCCUGGUGCUGCGGAGAGCAAGGAGGAGAUGGAGGAGGAGGAGGUGUCGGAGGAGGAGGUGUCGGAGGAGGAAGCUCUGCUACAAGACUUUGCCCAGAAACGGCACAUGCGGCAGCAGCGGGCAGGGAGCCCCGAGGGACAAGGUGAGGAGCUCGCAGUGUUGCCCCAACGCGUAGGUGCUGAUGAGACGGAGGCAGCUUCUGAACUGGCGGGGAACAGCCCCAUCCACCCCAUCUGUGCCGAGGAGCAGGCGAGCACAGGGCUCGAGCAGCCUCCCCAGGCCCAGGAAGAGGUCCUGCUGUCGGAGCAGCUGGGCCGGGUGCGGACGAUGGAGGAUGUCGAGACUCUGGCCUCAGAGGAGCACGUGGAGGAGCAGGAGCAGCUAGCAGCCGCAAGAGCCGAGAAGCCAGCGGCCGCAAGAGCAGAGAAGCGAGUGCAGCAGCAGGAGGGAGGCGGAGCUGGGGACAGGCGUGCCAAGAAGCUACCAGCCAAGAAGAAGAAAAAGAUGAUCAGCCUGCAGGCCGUGCUAGCCGGGAAGUCUCAGGAGGUUCAGUGCCCCAGCCUGCCGGUGGUCAUGGAGGAGGAGGAGGGUGGUGUCGACCAAAGAGGGGUGAUCACAGAGGCCUUUGCCGGGGACGACGUGGUUGCUGACUUCCGCCGGGAGAAGCGCAAGGCAGAGGAGGCUGGGAAGCCGCAGCCGGUGAACCUGGUGCUGCCGGGCUGGGGCGAGUGGGGAGGCACGGGCCUGAAGCCCAGCACCAAGAAAAUAAAACGGUUCCUGCUCAAGCCGCCCCCGGCGCCUCCCAGGAAGGACCGGCACUUGCCCCACGUCAUCAUAAGUGAGAAGCGCAACAUCCACGCGGCAGCACAUCAGGUCAGCGAGCUGCCCUUCCCAUUUGAGAGGCACCAGCAGUUUGAGCAGAGCAUCCGGAUGCCCGUGGGCCCCACGUGGAACACGCAGCGUGCCUUCCAGAAGCUGACCGCCCCCCGCGUCGUUACCCGAGCGGGCCAUAUCAUCCAGCCCAUCUCUGCCGAGGAUGUCCCCGACAUGACCACCGCAGCUGGCAGCGGAGCCAAGCCAGCGCUAGAAAUUGCGCCCAAGCGGCAAGAGCAGCCCCUUCGCCGCCCGCGCAAGAGAGCGCGAUAG